AUGGCUUACCAGCUCAUCAAGGCACUGAAAGCAGAGAAUGUUCCCUACGUCGUUGCGCCUUACGAAGCCGACGCGCAGCUCGCCUACCUCGAACGCACCGGCGCCGUCUCCGCCAUCCUCACUGAAGAUUCGGACCUGCUCGUCUUCGGCUGCCGCCACGUCCUCUCAAAGCUCGACCACGUCUCCGCGACCGUCUCCGCUGUCUCCCGCCCCGACUUUGGCUCGCUUUCCUCCUCCGACAUCACCCUCCUCGGCUGGUCCGACGUCCAACUCCGCGCGAUGGCCAUCCUGAGCGGGUGCGACUACCUGCCCUCCAUCCCGGGCGUCGGGCUGAAGACCGCGUGGUCGCUGUUGCGCAAGCACAAGAACGUCGAGAACGCCGUUCGCGCACUGAGGCUCGAGGGCAAGAAGCCUGUGCCGGACGGUUACCUCGACGCCUUCCGGCUCGCAGAGAAGGUCUUCCUCCACCAGCGCGUGUACGACCCCGCCCAAGCGCGCCUCGUCCACCUGAACGACGUUUCCCGCCCGGCGAGCCCUGGGACGCGCGCAGCGAGGCCUACGUCGGCGCGUAAUGACGUCGCGACCGAGACCGCGGCGCGGAUCGCCACUGGCGACGUGUGCCUCGCCAGCCUCCUGCCAAUGACGAACAUCAACCCACACUACCGCCCCGGCAGCGGGCGCAGACCACUCCAGCUCACCACCGAGCCCAACCGGCGGCACUCCACCUUGUCCUCCACCAAGGACAAGGGCAAGGGCAAGGCCGUCCCUACUGCCGCCGCGCCUUCGCCUAACGGCGGGCUCCUCAACUUCUUCGCGCCGAGGCCUCAACCAACGAAGGCGACUUCGUCCGACAAGCGGCCGACCGUGAUCGCGGGCCGCGAGAGCGGCAAGCGCACCCUGACGGAGGUGCUCGAACAGGACCUCGCCGCGAAGCGGAAGCGACACUGUCACCGCCGGUCUCGCUCUAUCGCAACCACCACCACCGCGGCCGACGACUACGCAGGGUCCCAUUCCGCGGACAAGGAGAACGUUCGCGCGCACGGGCUUAGGGACGAAGGACGACAGCAUGAAGAAGACGAGCUCAAUCUGGACGCGGUCGUGUUCUCGGACGAAGCGGAGAUGAUGGUGGAGGCCGGACGAGACGGCGUGAAGGGAGACGCUAUCGAUAUCGAUGACGACUGGGACGACGCGCCCGAGCUCUCGAGUCCUCUGAAGGAGCGGAGACGCCACUCCGAGCCGUCGCACGACGUCCAUCGGGCCAGGCGAAGGAGCGAGAGCGAGUCUGAUAUCGAAGUCCUCUCCAGCCCGCCUGCCGUUCCCCGGCAGCCAUGGGGCGCCGACGUAGACGACGACGACGUGACGUGCACGAGGGACGGGACGCCCGAUAUGCGGGAGAUGCUGGGCGGCGGAUCGAGCAGCGACAUUAACACGGAGUGUGACGACGACGACCAGGGCCACGACGGCGCGGCAAGACCCGGGGCCGGGGUGCGAUCCUUCGACAACGACGACGAUAACGUCGACGAAGUGGCCGACAUCGCGCACGCGCACGCGACGGACGCCGUCGCGCGCGGCUGGUGGACGAAAUGGGCGCUCGGCACCGGGGAAGGGACCUAUCCGAAGCGGGGCACGUUACGCCGCUGGGACGCCAUGCGCACGCCGGCACGAGCGAGCGCAGCAGCGAUGCCAGACCCUGAUGACCGGUCGCACACGGCGCCAGGGUCCUCCUCCUCCGCCACCUCCAACGCCGUCGCUCGCCCCGCGUCGUCGUCGUCGUCGCUGUCCUCCUCCUCCACGCCCAGCGCCGCCGACGUCAAGAGACGCAAGAACCUCAUUUUCGGUGGGGGCGGCGGCCACCGUUCUCGCCGUGGCUCUAUACCCGCGCGAUCGCAAGCCAUUCAGAAGCACGAGAAGUAG